UCACUGUGAGACUCAACCCAAAUAACAACCUGCCUUGUUCCCAUCACCAAUUCCUUUUCUAGAUUCUACAGACCUUUCCGCCGCCUCCGCCGCAGUCAGCAAUGUCCGUUCUCUGCGGCGCCGAGUGCGUCAUGCUGCUGGGCUGCACGCGCUGGCUCUGGCGCCGCUGCACCCACGUCGGCUCCGACGACAGCGACACCUGGACCCUCGCCACCGCCGGCGAGUUCGACCCCGUCCCCCGCCUCUGCCGCCUCGUCCUCGCCGUCUACGAGCCCGAUCUCCGCAACCCCGUCCUCAUCCCCAAAGGCGGCCACCGCCUCAACCCCGACUGCAUCGUCAAGCGCGUCACCUACGAGCAGACCCUCGGCCACGCGCCGCCCUACCUCAUCUACGUCGACCACGACCACCGCCACAUCGUCCUCGCCGUCCGCGGCCUCAACCUCGUCAGGGAGAGCGACUACAAGCUGCUCCUCGACAACAAGCUCGGAAUGCAGAUGUUCGACGGCGGCUACGUCCACCACGGCCUCCUCAAGUCCGCCGUUUGGCUUCUCAAUGAGGAAGGCGAGACUCUCAAGCGCCUCUGGCUUGAGAAUGGCGCUGAUUACGACAUGGUCUUCGUCGGCCACUCUUUGGGCUCCGGCGUUGCCGCGUUGCUGACUGUCAUUGUGGUCAAUCACCGGGACCGCCUCGGCGGCAUCCCCCGGAGUAAGGUUCGAUGCUAUGCUCUUGCUCCGGCGAGGUGUAUGUCCUUGAAUUUGGCUGUCAAGUACGCCGAUGUCAUACACUCUGUGGUGCUGCAGGACGAUUUCUUGCCGAGAACUGCUACUCCCUUGGAAGACAUAUUCAAGUCAAUCUUCUGCUUGCCGUGCUUGUUGUUUUUGGUGUGUUUGAGAGAUACAUUCAUACCGGAAGGUAGGAAGCUUAGAGAUCCCAGGAGGCUUUAUGCACCCGGUAGAAUGUAUCAUAUUGUAGAGCGCAAAUUUUGCAGAUGUGGGAGGUAUCCUCCAGAGGUCAGAACUGCCAUUCCUGUUGAUGGGAGAUUUGAACAUAUCGUCUUGUCAUGUAAUGCUACAUCAGAUCAUGCGAUUAUCUGGAUAGAACGGGAAGCACGGAAGGCUCUAGAAAGAAUGAGGGAGAGUAGUUCUGAGACCAUAACAACUGCUCCAAAGAUACAAAAACUAGAGAGGAUGCAGACGUUUGAAAAGGAACACAAAGAUGCAUUGGAGAGAGCUGUUAGUUUAAAUGUGCCUUAUGCUGUAACAGCUUCUGAGGUAGCCUCCGAGGAUCAAAGACCAGAUGAGGCUCCGCAGAGUGAGGCUGAAGAUGUGUCGGACACAAAGUCAAAGUCCACAAGCGGAAGGACUAACUGGGAUCUUGUGGUUCAAAAGCUAUUUAAGAAAACCGAGUCUGGAGAUAUACAGCUAAAUAGGGAAUCAAAUGCCCUGAAAUAGUAACACUUUUAUUUUAGCUUUGAUUGGCUUCAAUUUGAGGUCAGAUUUUGUGCAUAAUUCGUUCGUAUUUCUUUCUACUGGUUUCCAGUAUGUUCGAGAUUAUACACCUAAGUUCCAAGCCUCAAAUUAUCGAUCUGCUAGUUGGCUGGUCUUGUAGUUCUGUCUUAUGCCUUUUACAUUAAUAUACAAUGCUGCAAUAGGCUAAUGGCGUACAAGGGAGCUUGUAUAGUAGGGUGUUUGUACUUGAAGUAUUGAAGGAACUGCGAACAAUGCUGUUCUUUUCAUUUUUGUUGAAAUGAAUAUGUAGAUACAUUAUAGUG